UGGCAUGACGAGAUAAAACUUAACAAAGCCCUCGGUGCCGCGGGUAUUCGAAGCAAUCAAACAAAUCUGCAGGUUUUUGGUUGGUGUUGGCAAACAGUAUCAGGGAUGGAUCCCGUCAUAAACACCAGUGAUGUGUUGGCCUCGUCGCUGGACAGUCUAGCCACCUCCAUCGCCUGCGGCUCGGCCGGCAUGCUGGAGGAUACCGUGGCCAGCUCCCUGAUGCUGACCAAUCACGGCGUGGUGGCAUCCUCACUGGACAUCUCCCAGACCAACCUGGGGCUGAACGUCGGCGAUGGACUGGAUGAACGUGAGGAAGCAGGGGAGAUGACGGCCAUGGGGGUGGGACGGAUGGAGCACUCCUUCGCGGAAUGCGAGGGUGAGGGGGAGCUGGACAACCAGUCGAUGGUGGGUGCAGACGAGACAGACUCCCCAGACAUGAGCAACCUUGGCCUGCCGCCGUCCAGCCUCAUGGUGGUCAACAUCCCCAACACCAGCCAGACCUCUCUGGCCACGGCCACCCUCAUGCCCAUCUUGGUGCUGAGCACCAGCAACGGGAUGCAGAAGGCUAACGGCUUGGACUGCUCCCCGUCCUCCGCAUCGUCCCUGCUGCUGGACAGGCCCCAGCAGGACUUCAGGCAGCUGUUGAGGCUGCGGGACCUGGCCCACGCUAAUCUCAUCUGUGCCACGCAGGAGAGUAUUGCUAAAUCCUUCGGUGUGGCCAACCAAACCUCAGAUGAGAAGCUGUUGAAGUGCGAAGAAUGCGGCCGUAGCUUUAAAUCGUCCAGUCACUACCGGUAUCACUGCGAGACCCACAAGGGCAACAAGGUGCUCAAGUGUUCGGUGGAGGGCUGCAACAAACGCUUUGCUUGGCCGGCCCAUCUCAAAUACCACACCAGAACACAUGCCAAUGACCGUCCUUAUAGCUGCGCCAUGGACGACUGCGGUAAAACCUUCUACACGUUACAGAGCCUGCACGUCCACAUGCGCACGCACACGGGCCACAAACCAUUCAAAUGUCCCGAGGAGGAUUGUGGGAAGAGUUUCACCACAGCCGGCAACCUCAAGAAUCACUUGAGAAUACACACGGGAGAGAGGCCAUUCAUAUGCGAUCAUGAUGGGUGUAUCCAGAGUUUUGCUGAACACUCGAGUCUCCGCAAACACAAACGCGUUCACACAGGAGCGAAACCCUACGAAUGCGAAAUCUGCUUCAAGGUCUUCUCCCAGAGUGGAAGUCGGAACACUCACAAGAGGAGGCACCACAGCAUGUCUAAGAUGCGAGCCGCAACCUCCGGCAGAAAUGCCAAGAUGCCAGGAGUGUGCAAGGAUGAAGAUUGCACGGAGAGGCAGGAGGAUUGUAUACAGUUACACAAGAGCGGGCUGCUGGCUGAGCAUGCCGCAGCUCAACACGAGAUCGGCCUUGCAGAAAUCACCUUGCCAAACCCUGGGCAUGUCAACUCAUCCCUGCAUACCAUGACCACAGUUGGGGUGGCCGGUACGGACAUGAAUAUGUCCUCGCAUUCUUCCAUGGCCGAGCACGAUGGCAUCUCGCUGGCUCACUCCAUCCUGGGAGGUGUUACUUUGACCAGCCAUCGGCAUGAUCCAGGGACAGGCCACUCCAUGCAAUCUGUGGACCAAGACAAUGAAAUGACUAUGCUGACCCAUGGGAGCAUGACGCUUUCGCACUCAAUUCUAGAAGUCACAACGGAUUUAGAUCAGGACAGAUGCUGCAAAGGAGACACCACGCAGCGCUGUACCGUCUCCAACCCGGGCAACGUGGUGGUCCUGAGCGAGCCCAACCACGCCCAUGACCCCACCCACGACCACACCCUGGGCAUGAUGUCCGACCCGGGACCCGACUUUGCCGUCAACCACCAGUCGUCGUCCUCUGUUGAGGACGACAUGGUGUACAACAACGCCAUGCUGCAGUCGGCAGCCUCCAUGGUGGAUCAGGAACACGAUGUGGAUAUCCCCGUCUCGGAGAUUGAAGUCAACAAUCACCAUCAUCAUCACCAUCACCACCUGCAGGGAGGGGACAUUGUCAUCACGUGGUGAUCAGUAACUGGAGGUUUGAAGGUCUUGUUUUGAAUCUCUUGUCUAGAGCCAUUGUGUAGGUCU